CACUAGAGAGCGCAGACAUUCCCUCAGUGACCUUCGGCUGUGUCAGUGUGGCAGUGCUGCUUCUAGACGAACAGGCCACACGGCCCUGCAGGUCUCGGUAUCACGGUUGCUAGCUACGCAAGCUGCCCGGUGUAUGCCAGGCUACUCCCUGUCUAUGAGUGAUUACGAUACUCAGGCCGCUGCCCGUCUCCUCCCGCAGGGCCCACCGCGGCACCACCUCACUCAUGCCUUGAGUUUCUACUAUUAUUCUGGACUUUAACGCGUGGUUGACGGGUGAGGGUUCCUGGUACACACAGAUUAUCCAGUGACGUGCAGGGGAUAGGUCCCUGGUUAACGUAAUUUUGGACCUACUCUACAAUCGGGUGAGAUGGCAGAUCUGUACUAGUCACUGGCACUUCCUGUUUAUCCCGGAGAGGAUGGGGGCACUUACAAGCAGGCAGCACGCAGGAGUUGAAGAGGUGGACAUGCUGUCUAAUUCCAUCUACAGAUACCCACCCAAGUCUGGUAGUUACUUUGCCAGCCAUUUUAUUAUGGGCGGGGAGAAAUUUGAGUCCAGCCACCCUGAAGGUUACCUGUUUGGGGAGAACAGUGACCUGAACUUUCUUGGAAGCCGUCCAGUCACGUUCCCAUAUGCUGCACCUUCCCCACAGGAGCCUGUGAAAACUCUGCGCAGUCUGAUCAACAUCCGCAAAGACACAUUGCGUCUUGUCAGGUGUACAGAGGAAGUGAAGCCUAAUGCAGUGGAAGGCACCCGACCCAAGGUACAUUAUAAUGUGGAGUUCACGUUUGACACUGACGCACGAGGGGCAAUCACAAUAUAUUACCAAGCAACUGAAGAGUUCCAGGGUGGCAUUGCCAGUUACCUUCCUAAGUCUAGCAACCUGCAGUCAGAGACUGUGCACUUUAAGAAAGGGGUCAGCCAGCAGUUCUGUCUUCCGUCACAUACUGUGGACCCGUCUGAGUGGAGAGAAGAGGAGUUGACAUUUGACCUGGAUCGAGAAAUCUAUCCAAUGGUUGUCCAAGCAGUAGUGGAAGAAGGAGAAGAACAUCUUGGGCACUGCCAUGUGCUAAUGGCAACAUUUGAAAGGCACGCUGACGGCAGUUACUGUGUGAAGCCCCUGAAGCAGAAACAAGUGGUGGAUGGGGUCAGUUACCUUUUGCAGGAAAUCUACGGGAUAGAAAACAAAUACAAUUCACAUGACUCCAAAGUGGCAGAAGAUGAGGUCAGUGACAAUAGUGCAGAGUGUGUGGUUUGCCUGUCUGAUGUCCGUGACACGCUUAUUCUGCCAUGCCGACAUCUGUGCCUGUGCAGCACCUGUGCAGACACCUUACGUUACCAGGCAAGCAACUGCCCCAUCUGCAGACUGCCUUUUCGAGCUCUCCUUCAAAUUCGGGCAAUGAGAAAGCUCCCAGGUCCUCACUCACCUGCUGGGUUCAGCCCCAUCAUUGCAGCGCCGACCUCUGACUCGGAAGAGCAUACGUCUGCUGAACACGUUCCUCCUGGGUAUGAGGUUGUAUCACUCUUGGAGGCUUUGAAUGGACCCCUGGCACCAUCACCAUCUGCUCCUCCAUUAAGAGCUCUAGGGGAGUCUCGAAGGCCUGGCGUUCUUCCUUCAUAUGGUAGUGACAUUCAGCUACCCCAUCUACGUAUGCACUCUCCACUGCAACACCUAUGUGGGAGCCAGGCCCUAAAGCUGAAGAAGAGCAUUUCCAGGUCGAUAUCCCAGAAUUCCUCAGUGCUGCAAGAAGAUGAAAUGGAGAAAUCAUUCAGUGAAACAGAAAUCCGAACUCCAAGAAAAAAAACAGCCCAGCUGGCAGAGGAAUGUGGAGCAACUCCAGAAAGUGAGAAUCUGACCCUGUCUUCAUCCGGAGCCAUAGACCAGUCUUCCUGCACAGGAACGCCACUUUCCUCUACCAUCACCUCUCCUGAAGACCCCUUGAGCAGUAGCCUGGCGCAGUCCGUAAUGUCCAUGGCCUCGUCCCACAGCCAGCAGUCCCAGCUCAGCACAGAUACAGUGUCCUCCAUGUCUGGGUCCUACACAGCGGGUAUAAUGGAGGAGGAGGAAGUGGGGAUCACACCAUCGCCUCCAGUGAUGCCCAGUGGAUCCCCAUCUGAAGAGGGAGAGCUAUCACCAGAGGGACACUUUGUGACUGUGUCUGCGGAUGAAAUGGAUGCUGAGGGAAACGUCACGGAAGAGGAAUUUGCAUCCCCAGAAGAGGAUGAUGGUAACGGUCCCAACACUUUGCUUGUUAAUUGUGGCUCAUGGCAGAGGACUGGCAGAGAGUGUGACAAUAACAAUGAUACUCGCGUCGCGCUGCGGGACGCUCUGGACAAUGUGCGGGGCUCUGAGGGCUGCCUGGCCGAUGCCUGUUACCCUGAUACUCCUGGUCAGAAGAGAAGGCAUCCAUACCACAUGUCGGACACUUGCAUAUCUUUGCAGGAGGUGGGAGAUAGACAAGGUCGGCUGGGCACUCAGGACGUGUGAGGACUCUUAUCCCACGGAUUUGCUGCUUACUCCAUGGACACUUCUCCGCACUAGUCACUGAGAGAGGCUCCCACCUCCAUAAAGUCACUCAGGACACCCCACCGAAUAGACCCAGUGCCAGUUGUCUUCCCUCAGUCAGCGUGUUUCACACUGCACCUUCAAGCAGGUUGAGGUGUACGUCAUGUCACUCGCUGCCUGGGCAGAGAGUUGGUUUUGGUACUCUUUCUGUAUAUCUAACCAUGUUGUAUAUAAUCUGUGUAUAAACCCUGGUCAUGUUCCUGACACAGGCCAUGCUGAGACAUGCACUAAGCUGCCUAUAGUUGUGACCCCCACAAUAGAGUGCCGGCAUGGUAGCGCUUCUGUGUAGAAAUGUAUGGUGAUUGACACUAGCUGCUACAGCAAUACUGAUAUUGUUUUAUGAAUUGGAAACUGCUAUAUAAGAUAGGAACGAGCAGCACAUCAUGUUUCAGUGCUGUUGAGGAAGCAUGGUGCUAUACCUUGUGCUGCUACAAUUGUAGCGCUUAAAGCAGCAUUUUUAGUUGCCUGUCAUUGAAACGUAGGGGGCUUGUCACUGUAUGUUCUUCUCUGCUGGAUAAUGAGAUCAGUGAUUAAAUUAAUGUGCAUUGGAUAAA